GCCAGGGAGGAUCUGAGAUGGCCUUCUUCAACUUGUAUCUAUUGGGAUAUCAGAAUUCCUUUCAGAACAAGAAAAGGAACACAACUGAAGAAACAAAGACUUUUUGUUUAUCCCUAGAGUUAAGAAUUCCUGGCCUGGCAUGGUAGCUCACGCCUGUAAUCCCAGGACUUUGGAAGCCCGAGACCAGAAGGAACCAGAGCCUACUAGGCUUCCCCCCAUUAUCUCAAAAGAUGGGAAUUAUUCCGUGCACCAGAAUAGCCACACAAGAUACCACGAAGCUGUCCAGAAGGUGUUGUUGAAGACGUUUCCCAAUCAGGUCUUCAGAAUCCCCUUGACUGAUGCUCAGAACUUCAGCUUCUGGUGGUCCCAUGAUCCAGGAGUGCGUCCAGAGGAAACCAUGCCAUGGAUCUGGAGCCCACGCCACUGUCUCAUAAAAAGCGCGAUGACCAGGUUUAUGGAUCACUCUAUUCUCAAUGACAGGACCUUCAGUCUGUAUUAAGAAGAUAUGGCUGCAGAAAGACAAGAUGAACUGUGGCAAGAGUGCAGAGGGGGAAAGAAGGAGGUUUCCCAGUUCCGAUGGCUGACUAAUGGGAGGAGGAGAUGGAGAAAGCACAGUAAACAGACUGGACUAAAAGUUGCU